CGAAGGGUUGAUCAUCAUUCAAGUUAGAGGUGUGUAGCAUCAAAGCUUUUCCCUCGUUCCAUCGGAGCUCUAACUAUGGACGUGGAAGAUCGUGACUCGAUAGACACGGUCAAAUUGAAAAAGGAACUCACCAAUGCUAUUGGCGAGGCUAAAGGCUACAUACACAAUGCUUACCGAGAGUUUUGCAUUCAACAACCCGACUUGAUCGUUGCGGUUCAAGAGGGACAUAUCCAAGGCAAUCGGACCAUCCUCAAGGAGAUGUCAGGUAGACUUGAGACCAUUUUUGAAGACUACAUGCGCUCCAUCAGCUCGGGAUCGAUAUCACAAAAGGAUGCUAAGAAAUCGGUUCAGUUCCGGGACCAAGGAAACAAGAAUUACCAAGCCAAGCACUUCUAUUCCGCCCUUGAUUGCUAUACUAAGGCCAUUUGCCAAGGUCCAAUUGGGUCCGAAACUCUGGCUCUGGCAUUGGCCAAUCGUUCCGCGGUUAUGUUCCACUUGAAGGAGUUUCAACAUUGUAUCCAGGAUUUGGACCUGGCCAUCGCAAGCGAUUAUCCCAAGAAGACCUUAUUCAAACUGUACGAAAGAAAAAUCAAGUGCUUGACCCAACUCGGGAAUCUCAACUUGGCUCAGACCACUUUGAAUCAGUUUUCGAAGGCGUUAGAUUUUGCAGUCUUGGAACCGAGCAAGAAGCAAAAGAUGUUUUCUGAACUGGAGAAAACCAUUUCCAAGAUCAAGGCCAAACCUCAAGAGGACAGCACUUUCAAGAGCCUAGCCGACGAACUCCCAAAGCUAAACUCACGCAAUGAUAAGUUUCCGAGCUUUGCCAAAUGCCUUUCCGUCGAAUAUAACGCCAAAAGAGGGCGCCAUGUGGUGGCCAAUCGCGACAUCAAGGCCGGCGAAAUGGUCAUGGUGGAACUUCCAACAGUGGUUGUGGUGCGGGAUGAGUUCAAAUCCUUGUUCUGUUCCAAUUGUCUUCGGAAAUCGUAUGGUUCAAUCCCCAGCCCUUUAAACUCGGUGGAGGUAUUCUGCUCUCAUUUCUGUUUGGAACAGGGCCUCAACUCGUUCCAUAGAUGCGAGUCCAAGAUUUUGGAGCACAUCCAACACAGUGGCCUGGGUAAAGCCGAAUGGCGUUUGGCCAUCCGAGCAGUUACCCAAAAACCUCUUGAGUACUUCAGAAAAAACCAGGAUAAGUUCCAGAACCACUCGUCCAGGUUCGGCAUGAAUGAAGGGGAUCAAUAUGGAGCGGAUGAGUACCAAGCUCUGUUCCAUUUGGUGGUGAACCGUCAGGCAUGGAAUCUGAGUACUGAUCUCUUCAAAGCUUUUGUGGCCUGCUUUUACACGCGAUGUCUUCAUCUCGGAGGAUAUUUUGACGACGAAGAAAAUGACGACAAUGGCGUUAACGGAGGUUGGACGGGAACAUUAUCCGAUGAUCAACUUUUCAUAACUGAAUUCAUGGUUCAUAUUAUGGAAGCCUCCACUAUGAACUCGCAUGAGAUCUCGCAUGUCACGGCUCCCACCAAUGUUCCUUGGUUUCACGGUCAGCCUCGUCGAGUUGGCCCCGUUCUGAACAUCUAUGGAUCAUUGCUCAAUCACUCGUGUGAUCCCAACAUAUUCUGGAUCAACCGGGGCAAGGCCAUCAUUUCGUUUGCCUCCAAGGACAUCAAGAUGGACGAUGAGGUGACGAACUGCUACAUAACAGAGAGCUUGAAAAUCCCGAUGGAACAACGCCAAAUUCAGUUGAAGAAUUUUUAUAACUUCACGUGUGGAUGUGUAGCCUGUGACGAGCGAUGGCCUCCAAUGGCUCAGUUUCCAACGGCUUUGGCUGACUUGAAAGCCAAACAAUUGAAAAUUCCAGUAGAAGAUGUGAACCGGAUGAAGGCCCAAUUGGCCAAGAUCAACCAACUGGGCGUCAAGAUCAACUUGGAACAAAAAAAGGAGAACUACAAGGACUGUUUGGCACUUUGCAUCGAAUUUCUCCAAUUGCUCGAUCACACCAUUAAGCGGCCACAUCAGUUCUUUGAAAUGACUACUCGAACCAUGUUCAUGUCGCUUUGGACCCUCCGUGGGUCAAAGUCAAGGAUUGAUCAGACAUAAUGUAAUUGUUCGAAACCUGUAACCAUGAACUCACAAAACCUCUCGUUCUUGGGAAGUGUUGCGACUUUAACUGGUUUUACCCAAAAGCUAGAGAGGGGAGGCUACUCUUCGUUUGGAAAGGGAGUAAAUCAAGAUUUCAAGAGAAGUCAAGAUUUGCUUGGAUUUGAAUUAUUUACCAAAAUCUAACAACAAGCCACUUUUUGUAGCACAAGACACGCUCAAAAAACUGGCUAGCACGACUUCCUUUCAUUUUCCCAAUGCCAGUGACACUGCAAAUAUUUUUCAUAUUGUUUGAUAUGGCUUUUGAUAACUAAGAAAUAUAAACCAUAUAAUCGAAGA